AUGAAGUCUGUUGCCGCCAUUGCCAUUCUGGCUGGCCUCGCCACCGCGUUUCCUGGAGAAGUCUUGAAGAAGCGCGCAUUGAAGCCUAGAGAAGGAUGCCCUCGUGAACUCACGGCCGGUCAAUUCGAAUUCCCACACUACAUCACUCAGAUCUCCAAAUCUCAGCCCGACAAGUCAUUCGGUCCUCAGUUCAACGGUGUAUUCACACCUAACGACAUUGAGUCCAUCUUCAGCUUCGAUGUCCCCGCCUCUCGAGCUGAUGCCAACUGCACAUUGGAGUUCAUCUUCCCAUUGAAGUCGCAACUCAAGACCUCCAACUUCGAGUAUGAGGGUGGUGGUUCUUUCUUCUUCACUGGCUACAACCCAGGCAGCUGCCCAGGACCCCAGACAACCUACAACAAUCAACCAGCACCAGGUCCGUUCCCAGCUUUCCCACCUAUCCACAUGGAGCCUGGCAACGCAUACACCAUCGACAUCGGACCAUGCUUCGUCGGUGCUGGUACCUGUGUCGCUGGUAAGACCUCCACCAACGACACCAACUUCUGGUACUUCCAGGACCAGGACGAGUGCCCCAUUGGCAUCUACACCGCCUACACCUACGGCGAGCCCAACAGGCCACCACCAUCAUAG